ACCAGAAAGAAGAGCGGUUUUCCUAACUACAAAGCCAAAGCUCAGUUCUGACUUAUUUUGCAAAGCAAAAUACGAAACGGUGCUAAUGGCGGUGUCUCCUUCUAACUAUUCUCUGUUGCCUCCUCGCCUCUCCGCUUCUUUCUCAUUAUCCACUAAGCACUCCAAAGCCCUAGCACUUUCUCAACCCCUCCAUUAUCACCACCGUCCUCAUCUCUGCAAGCCGAUUCUAGGGUUUCUUCCUCUCCCCAACUCAUCCCCAAUCACCAUGGAUAACAAGUGCAGGCGUUUUUUCAAAUCUUAUUUUUCCUCCCAAGACUCCGCCCCCACGGCAAAUGGUAUAGAGGAGGCUAGUCAGAAUGGUGUAAAGACGUCAGAAAGUGGAGAUCAAAACCACCUAUCCAGUUUAAAGGCUCUCAUUAACGUUUACAAGGAUGCCAUUCUUGUUGGAGAUGAAAAAAUUGUAUCUGAUAUCGAGGCCAGGGUACACAUAAUAGAAAGUGAAUGGAAUGAAUUGACCCAAAAAGUAUCAGCUCUAUCAUUGGAAAUAACUUCUGGGAAGGAGAAAUACAUCCGCUUACAAGCCGAUUUUGACAAUUUUAGGAAAAGAUCAGAGAAGGAGAGACUGACCAUAAGGUCUGAUGCCCAAGGAGAAGUAAUUGAGAGUCUUUUGCCCAUGGUGGACAAUUUUGAAAGAGCUAAGCAACAACUUAAACUAGAAACAGAAAAGGAAAAAAAGAUUGAUGCAAGUUAUCAGGGUAUAUACAAGCAAUUUGUGGAGAUAAUGAGGAGCUUGCACGUGGCUGCGGUAGCAACUGUAGGGAAGCCUUUCGAUCCCUCACUGCAUGAAGCCAUUGCACGUGAGGAGUCGCAUGAGUUCAAGGAAGGGAUUGUAAUCGAAGAAUUCCGUCGUGGGUUUCAGCUUGGGCAACGGCUUUUGAGACCAGCAAUGGUUAAAGUUUCUUCAGGCCCCGGUAGUAAGAAAGUCCAAGUGGCUGCUGACAGCAACAAGUCCACCGAGCAAACUGCAACAGGUGCAGGAGUAGAUGAAGUAUAGAUUUUCCAGCGCAAGCUCAACUCGCUGUGCUGGCAAAUUUAGUUGAGUUCCAGUCUUUUCAUGAUGGUUUUGAUUACCAUACCUAAAGACGACACAUACUUUUGUUUCGACAAGAAGGCGGCUCAAUGUGCAUCUCCAAGAACAUUCAGGUGCUCAAAGACCUACUAAUAGUUAAAUAUCUUGUUGAAGGGUGUAAUGUUAAAUAACUUUAGGAUUAAAUUUGUUGCUGUACCCUUAUUAUUUAUUAUUGGAUUUCUGACCUUCACAAGUCUGUUUCAGGUUAUUUAUU